AUGGAGCCAGAGGCCAUUGUUCUUGCCUUGAUUUGGCCAUCAACAUCGUCGAAAGUCGUAACAGUCAGUAAGCGAAGACUGCUAUUCCCCGUUUGUGACGUUGCUUUCAGUAUCCUCAUUUUUGAGAUCCGUGGCGUAGUUCACCAGAUUCAGAUCCAUAAUCUGAACAAGAUGCUUGUACAUCCUUUUAUUGUUUUACCAAACACACCGUUACGCUCUCCUCAUGAAACUGAUUCAUCUUAUCAGUCCUCUAAUAGUAAUAGCACUGUGCACUCAAAUGAAUUUCUGGAAGGGGCCAGACUUCAACAGGUUCACCUCACUCUUCCUAACUCUGUUAUUUCGCCUAAUUCGUCUGACAAGUUAGUCCAAUCAUUCUCAGCUGAGGAAGAUAAUGUAGACUCUCGAGCUCCGCAGAAGAAUUUCGUAUCUAAGAACAAAAAUAUUGUUGAUGCUAUAAGAAUUACAGCAACGUCUCCGUCGCAUCGUGGAGAUGUUCCUUCUGGCAAGCAGAGACGUGUAUGGUUGUUGCCACCUGACAAGGCUCUUGUGUAUGCAAAGAAAGAGAUUGAUCAUGCCCCUUCAGCUAAUGAAGAUCCUAAUCUUUAUGCUCCUUUAUUUAGGAACAUUUCUGUUUUCAAAAGUUUUCUGGACUUGAAAAAGUGUACAAGGCUUAAAGUCAUCAUAGAUUCUGAAGAAUGUGGCAACAAGGAAGUCACGUUGAUGGAGGAAAAUAAGCAAUUUAUCACCAAGGAUCCUGAGAAGGCUCACUUGUUUUACCUUCCAUACAGUGCACGCCAAAUGGAAUUGGCACUCUAUGUGCCUGGGUCACAUAAUUUAAAACCAUUAUCAAUCUUUCUUAGAGACUAUGUGAACAAAAUUGCUGCCAAAUAUCCCUUCUGGAAUCGCACACAUGGGUCAGACCAUUUCCUUGUUGCUUGCCAUGACUGGGGUCCUUACACAGUGACUGGGCACGAGGAACUGACCAGAAACACCAUAAAAGCUCUAUGUAAUGCCGAUAGGUCUGAAGGAAUCUUUGUUGCAGGAAGAGACGUUUCCCUACCAGAAACUACCAUAAGGGCACCAAGAAGACCUCUUAGAUAUCUUGGUGGGAAUAGAGCAUCACUACGUCCAAUCCUUGCUUUCUUUGCUGGAAGCAUGCAUGGGAGAGUGCGUCCCACUCUUCUUAAGUAUUGGGGUGGUGAAAAAGAUGAAGGCAUGAAAAUCUACAAACGUUUACCUCUAAGAGAUCGUUGA